AUGGCGUCCGCCGACGCGGAGAAGACUGAGAUGAAGAUAGAGGGGAGCAUUGAAGCCGCGGAACAGUUGCAGAAAGACCCCGAGUCCCACGUCAACCCACAAGUGGUCGAAGAGAAGGUUGUCGAAGAUGCACAAAAGGCCGGCGCUGCUGCAUAUCAAUUCGACCCUGAUGCUUCACCAGAAGAUAAGGCCAAUGCCGCCAAAGGGCGAUUGCCGCCCGAUUUCCACCAUCCCCAUAAACCAGCGGGUGUUGCUGUAAUUUCAGAUCAAACCGAUGGCAAAGCAGACUAUGACCUCCCCGCGCCGGAAUCGGCGAAUGCCAUUAUGGCUGAGGAAGCGACGCGAAAGAGUGAGGGUGAGCCCAUUGACGAAGAUCUUCGAUGGGACCGCAACCGAACCGGUUGGGCUCCCAAGUUUGUUGACGAUAAGCUGGCAAGUUUGGGCGAUGAGGGCACAUUACUGGAUCAUGAGACGUUCUUGGAGGGGAGACUCCCUGACAAGUUCUUUGGCGAUUGGUACCACAAUGCUGCCGUCAUUGUGUUCGCCUGCCUGGCUUCAUGGAUCAUUGCCGUGCUAGGUGGUGGCAUUGGCUGGGUUCUUAUGAUCAUGGCAGCAUGCAGCACCUACUACCGCACCUCCAUUCGACGGGUGCGCCGCAACUUCCGCGACGAUGUCAGUCGCGAGAUGUCCAAGCAGCGCCUCGAGACCGACACUGAGAGUCUUGAGUGGAUUAACAGCUUCCUCGUCAAGUUCUGGCCUAUCUACGCCCCGGUCCUGUGCGACACUAUUAUCAACACCGUCGAUCAGGUUCUCAGUACCUCUACUCCCGCAUUCUUGGAUAGCUUGCGCCUCAAGACCUUCAUCCUCGGUACCAAGCCUCCUCGCCUGGAGCACGUCAAGACCUACCCCAAAACUGACCCCGAUACCGUCAUCAUGGACUGGAAGUUCAGCUUCACCCCCAACGAUGUCAUGGAUUUGACUGCGCGCCAGACAAAGGACAAGAUCAACCCCAAAAUCGUCCUCGAGGUUCGUGUCGGUAAAGGUGUCGUGAGUAAGGGUCUCGACGUCAUUGUCGAGGAUAUGGCUUGCUCGGGCUUGAUGCGUGUCAAGGUCAAGCUUCAGAUUCCGUUCCCCCAUAUCGAGCGAGUGGACGUCUGCUUCCUGGAGAAGCCCGAACUCGACUAUGUCUGCAAGCCCCUUGGUGGUGAUCACCUUGGAUUCGAUAUCAACUUCAUCCCCGGUCUCGAGUCGUUUAUCAAGGAGAUGAUUCACGCCAACCUGCAGCCCAUGAUGUACGAUCCAAAUGUGUUCCCGAUUGAGAUCGCCAAGAUGCUUGCUGGAAACCCCGUUGAUCAGGCCAUUGGUGUCGUCGCGAUUACUCUGCACGGUGCUACGCAACUCAAAAACCCCGAUAAAUUCUCUGGUACCCCCGAUCCCUACGCUGUCGUGUCUUUGAACAAUCGCAACGAGCUCGGCCGCACGAAGAUCAUUCACGAUACCGAUAGCCCACGCUGGAAUGAGACAAUCUACGUUAUUAUCAACUCCUUCAGUGAUGCCUUGUCUAUUGCUGCGUACGACUGGAACGAGUACCGCAAGGACAAGGAAAUGGGCGUUGCUAGCUUCGCAUUGGAUAAACUUGAGCAGGAGCCUUCACACGAGGGUAUCUAUCUGGAAGUGCAGGCCAGUGGUCGCCACCGUGGUGCCAUCCAAGCCGACAUUCGCUUCUUCCCGGUUCUCGAGGGACGUAAGAACGAGGCUGGCGAGGAAGAACCCGCGCCUGAACUCAACACCGGUAUCGCCCAGUUCACUGUGGAGCAGGCCAAGGACCUCGACGGAAGCAAGAGUCUGGUUGGCAAGUUGAACCCCUACGGUGUUCUGCUUCUCAACGGAAAGGAGAUCCACAUCACGAACAAGCUCAAGCGCACCAACAACCCUAUCUUCCAGAAUGCCUCCAAGGAAUUCCUCGUCACCGAUCGUAAGAACGCCCGUUUGGGUCUCAUUCUCAAGGACGACCGCGACAUCAUGCAGGAUCCCAUCAUCGGCCGCUACCAGAUCAAGAUGAACGAUAUGAUAAAGAUGAUGGAACGUGGCCAGCAAUGGUUCCACCUCCACGGUGCUAAGGAGGGACGUGUCAAGUUGACUCUCCAUUGGAAGCCCGUUGCUCUGGGAGGCAUUGGUAGCGCUGGUUAUAUCGACCCCAUCGGUGUUAUGCGCUUCCACUUCAAGCGUGCCACUAACCUGCGCAACCUGGAGGCUAUGGGCAAGUCUGACCCUUAUGCGCGUGUGCUGCUUUCCGGUGUGACCCGUGGACGCACUGUUACUUUCCGUAACAACCUCAAUCCCGAGUGGGAUGAGAUCGUCUACGUGCCUAUCCGCAGCCUACGCGAGAAGGUGACUGUAGAGGUCAUGGACGAGGAGACCAUCAACAAGGACCGAACCCUUGGAUGGGCCGACCUCAAUGCCUCCGACUUUGUCCGCCAGACGGAGUCCGGUGAAUUUGAGAUUGAUGACGAGAAGCAGGAUAUUGUUAGCGGCUUGAAGAUAAGCGGCGGCUCUCAAAAGGGAGAGCUCCACUACACCGUUGCCUUCUACCCAGUCGUGCCGGUCGUCAACCCUGAGGACGAGGUUGAGGAGGAGGAGGAGGAUGCCGAAGUCCCGGCUAGCCCGGGCCCUGAUUCCACUGAGUUCCGCCAGAGCCUCGACUCCAAGCCUAAGACCCUGCACUCGAAGAACGCUAGCGUUGACUCCAAGGCCUCGAAAGUCUCCAGGACUGUGUCUAACGGCGCUGCUCCCGUCACCAACGGCACCACCAAUGGCGAGACGGCUGCUAACGGCCGUGCCAGUCUUGAGACCACUGUAUCUCGUCCCAUGACAGCCGAGACCUCGUCUAUUCGGUCAGUCAAGUCCAUCCCCCGCACUUUCAUCGCUGCGGAGGAUCUUGAGAAAUAUGGGUCCGGUUUCAUUGUGUUCAAAUUCCACGAGGGCCAGCUGGCUGUUCCCCAUGUCCAGUUGGAGGUCUUGAUGGAUGACUACAUGUUCCCCUCAUAUGUCUCCGGCAAGAUCCACACCACGACCGCGAAGUUCACCGACGUUGGCGAGGCCUUCGUCCGAGAGCUUGAGUUCUCUAAGAUCACCUUGCGUCUGGUCCACAAGGAUGACCCCAAGGACUCAAGCGAGGAACACACCGUCGCCAAGCUAACUGGUGACACGCUACCCACGCUGAUGCGCAUGCUGUACACGCCCACCGAGCUUGUCCUCCGCUCCAACACUGGCGAAGUCAGCAAGGUCACUGUCAGCGCCCGGUACAUCCCGACCAGAAUGGUGCUUGACCCAAUGGAGAGCAUCAACAACAUGGGUACCCUGCGUGUGGACGUUCACGAUGCCGCCGAGCUGCCCGCUGCGGACCGCAACGGCUUCAGCGAUCCUUACUGCAAGUUCCGUCUGGGCGACGAGACCGUGCACAAGACCAAGGUCCAGAAGAAGACCCUGCACCCGGCGUGGAACGAGUUCUUCGAGGUUCCUAUCAAGUCUCGCAUCGGUGCCAACUUCCACGUUGACGUGUACGACUGGGACUUUGGUGACAAGGCUGACUGGCUUGGUGCCACGCGCAUUGACUUGGAGGCUUUGGAGCCCUUCCAGGCCAAGGAAGUCAAUCUGCCGCUGGAUGGCAAAUCAGGUGUCAUUCGUCUGAGCCUGCUCUUCAAGCCCACCUACGUAAUGCGCGCCCGCCAAGGCUCCUCUACCUUCUCUGGUACCUUUGCGGUCCCCGGCAAGAUCGUCGGCGCUCCUGUCAAGGGCGUCGGCUUUGUCGGUGGGAAUGUCGUCCGCGGCGCCUCUUUCGUCAAGCACGGCCUCAUGUCGCGGUUCUCCAAGGACAAGGGCGAAGACCCCAACGCCAUCAUGAACAGCAUUGAUGAGGCGGAGCCCAUCAAGAGCGAUCGCCCCAGCGGCUCCUCCUCGCCCAACACCCCGCAGAAGGAACACAGCCGGAACCGCAGCACCGCCUCACAAUUCGGCGACCGCCUAAGCAUCCUCGGUGGCGCUGGCGGGGGAGACAGGGGCUCGGCGAACAUCACCGUCGUCUCCGCCGCCAACUUCCCCACCUCCGCCAACCUGCGCGUCAUCAUCCGCGUGCAGGGUGCCAAGGGCGCCAAGGAGGUCCACAAGACCAAGGCUCACAAGAACUCCUCCGGCACCGUCACCUACGACGACUCCUUCCGGGUGCCGAAUAUCACGGCGGACACGCAGUACCAGGUCCGCGUCGUCGACCACUCCACUUUCGGCUCUGACGAUGUCCUCGGCGAGGCGCCGUUCUUCGUCGAUGACCAAGGUUCCGUUGCCGGACAGGAUAAGGUUGUUGCCGUUGGCGAUGGCUCCGUUACUAUUCGGUCGAACUUUGCGGUCUCCGAUGGGGGUCUGCGACCUACGACAUCGCAUUCGACGGCGGGCCUGGAUGCCGAGGGUGGCGAUAGCCCGGAUUCUCGGAAGCCCCGUCGCAGCUUCUUGAGCAAGCGGUCUGUUAGCGGUGUCUAA